GACUACACAUUCCAGAAGGCAGCAGGGGUGGGGGUAGGGCGCUUUCAAAGGUUUGGGUUUUUGCGGCCUGCAUCCUGAGCCCAGGUGGCCCUGCUCUGCCCCGGUUGAUGAUAUUGAGGUUCCAUCGACUCCCUGACAAUCUCAGCACGGGUUUCCACCUCUCCCUAGGCCAUCUGGUGACCUCAGGAUUGAUUAGGGAAUGGCUCUGAGCCAUGUCUUGCUGACGAUGACUUCACAGGGACCAGCUGACCGCAGGGCUGGAAAGAGAGGCAGGUGUGCCCCAGUGGAGACUGGAUUCACCAAACGCCAGAGACUCCUCUCUCCUGUGAGACCCGUUUGUCGUCUCGGAGCCCACCCAACUCCAGCCUUUCGCUACACUCUGAUAUCCCGAGGCAAGCUGGCUGGACACUGGGAGGGUGUCCCCACCCCCGGCAGAGCCCGGGCCCACUGGAGUCGGCCAGGGUGUGGCCGAGGGCUGGCAGGUUGGUUACUGCCCUCAACAGACAGAAGGACAGACAGAAGCUACACUUGAAGCAGCCUUGACCUCAUCCCUUAAGGAGUUGAUUAUAGAUUUUUCUUGCGGCUUCUCUCUGUCUCAUGACUGCAUUCUUGAGGGACGUGACCUGGAUGAUAACUGCCCCAAACAGCACUCCUCAGCGCCGGAACCAAAGUUGGUGCUAAACAUUGGUUAAUUAACUCGUUUAUAUCUGAACGUUUUCUGCAUACACGUUGCAGUGCUUCAGCCGGUGGCAGACUAAAGAAGCGAAACGUAUAUUCCUUAUCUGGAACAAGUUAUAAUUUAUUAGAAAACCAGAAGUACACACAGAGAUCUUUAAAUGACAGGUGGUGACUAUGAAUAGGGUUCGAGAAGGAAGGUCACCGCAGGGAAUCUCUCCGAGGCAGAAUUUCCCCGGUUAUGCCGCCGCCUUGUUGCCCUGAAAGCCGCAGCUACAGCGAGAAGGGCUAGGAUUUGGCCAUGAGCAGCGCCCCCCGGCGCCCCGCCUCGGGCGCAGAUUCCUUCCGCACUCCGGAGCCAGAGAGCCUGGGCCCUGUGACGCCAGGCUUCCCUGAGCAGGACGAGGAUGAACUUCACCGCACCCUGGGCGUGGAGCGGUUUGAGGAGAUCCUGCAGGAGGCCGGGUCCCGAGGAGGGGAGGAGCCGGGCCGAAGCUACGGGGAGGCAGACUUUGAAUACCACCGGCAGUCCUCCCACCACAUCCACCACCCGCUGUCCACCCACCUGCCUCCCGACGCCAGGCGCCGAAAGGUACCCCAGGGCUCAGGACGGAAGCCGCGCAGGCGCCCUGCAGCCUCCCCGACCGGGGAGACCCCCACCAUCGAGGAGGGCGAGGAAGAGGAGGAUGAGGCCAGUGAGGCCGAGGGGGCCCGGGCACUCAGCCAACCCCCUGCGUCCACACCCUCUUCCGUGCAGUUCUUUCUCCAGGAGGAUGAAGGUGCGGACCGGAAGGCGGAAACAACCAGUCCGUCUCCCCCUCCAAUGCUGCCCCACCACGAGGCAGCUCCCCAGGCCACCAAAGGGGCCCAGACUGGAGCCCUGGUGGAAGAGGUGGCGGCUGUGGCCAGUGUCACAGCGGGAGGUGAUGACGGGGGUGCCUCUGGGCGCCCCCUGGCCAAAGUGCAGCCUGGGCACCGCAGCUACAAUCUGCAGGAGAGGAGACGCAUCGGCAGCAUGACUGGGGCUGAGCAGGCACUGCUGCCCCGGGUCCCGACGGACGAGAGCGAGGCCCAGACGCUGGCCACGGCCGACCUAGACCUCAUGAAGAGUCACCGGUUUGAGGACGUUCCUGGGGUACGGCGACAUUUGGUGCGGAAGAAUGCAAAAGCGUCUGUGCAGAGUGGCCGGGAAGGGCGAGAGCCUGGCCCCACCCCUCGGGCUCGGCCCCGGGCCCCCCACAAGCCCCACGAGGUGUUUGUGGAACUGAAUGAGUUGCUGCUGGACAAAAACCAGGAGCCUCAGUGGCGGGAGACGGCGCGCUGGAUCAAAUUCGAGGAGGACGUAGAGGAAGAGACGGAGCGCUGGGGGAAGCCCCACGUGGCCUCCCUCUCGUUCCGCAGCCUCCUGGAGCUGCGCCGGACCCUGGCCCACGGGGCUGUGCUCUUGGACCUGGACCAGCAGACCCUGCCUGGCGUGGCCCACCAGGUGGUGGAGCAGAUGGUCAUCUCUGACCAGAUCAAGGCUGAGGACAGAGCCAACGUGCUGAGGGCCCUGCUGCUGAAACACAGCCACCCGAGUGAUGAGAAGGACUUCUCCUUUCCCCGCAACAUCUCGGCCGGCUCCCUGGGCUCCCUGCUGGGGCAUCACCACGGCCAGGGGGCCGAGAGCGACCCCCACGUCACCGAGCCUCUCAUUGGAGGUGUUCCCGAGACCCGGCUGGAGGUGGAGCGAGAGCGUGAGCUGCCUCCUGCAGCUCCUCCAGCUGGGAUCACCCGCUCCAAGUCCAAGCAUGAGCUGAAGCUUCUGGAGAAGAUCCCUGAGAACGCCGAGGCUACGGUGGUCCUUGUGGGCUGCGUGGAGUUCCUCUCCCGCCCCACCAUGGCCUUCGUGCGGCUGCGGGAGGCAGCGGAGCUGGACGCGGUGCUGGAGGUGCCGGUGCCUGUGCGCUUCCUCUUCCUGCUGCUGGGCCCGAGCAGUGCCAACAUGGACUACCACGAGAUUGGCCGCUCCAUCUCCACCCUCAUGUCCGACAAGCAAUUCCACGAGGCCGCCUACCUGGCAGACGAACGGGAGGACCUGCUGACGGCCAUCAACGCCUUCCUGGACUGCAGCGUGGUGCUGCCGCCCUCGGAGGUGCAGGGCGAGGAGCUGCUGCGAUCCGUCGCUCACUUCCAGCGGCAGAUGCUCAAGAAGCGAGAGGAGCAGGUCCGGCUGUUGCCCCCGGGGGCUGGGCUGGAGCCCAAGUCAGCCCAAGAUAAGGCGCUCCUGCAGAUGGUAGAGGUGGCAGGUGUGGUGGAAGACGAUCCCCUUCGGCGGACAGGCCGGCCUUUUGGGGGCUUGAUCCGAGAUGUGCGGCGCCGCUAUCCCCACUACCUGAGCGACUUCCGAGACGCGCUCAACCCCCAGUGCCUGGCCGCCGUCAUCUUCAUCUACUUCGCGGCCCUGUCUCCUGCCAUCACCUUCGGGGGGCUGCUGGGAGAGAAGACGCAUGACCUGAUUGGAGUAUCGGAGCUGAUCAUGUCCACGGCAGUGCAGGGCGUGAUCUUCUGCCUGCUGGGGGCCCAGCCGCUGCUGGUGAUCGGUUUCUCGGGGCCCCUGCUGGUCUUCGAGGAAGCCUUCUUCUCGUUCUGCAGCAGCAACGAUCUGGAGUACCUGGUGGGCCGCGUGUGGAUUGGCUUCUGGCUGGUGCUGCUGGCCCUGCUCAUGGUGGCCCUGGAGGGGAGCUUCCUGGUGCGCUUCGUCUCCCGCUUCACCCAGGAGAUCUUCGCCUUCCUCAUCUCUCUCAUCUUCAUCUACGAGACCUUCUACAAGCUGGUUAAGAUCUUCCAGGAACAUCCCCUCCACGGCUGUUCAGUCUCCAACAGCUCCGAGGCAGACAGUAGCGAGAACGCCACGUGGGCUGGGGCAGCAGAAGCAGCCACGCUGGGGCCGAGGAAUGAGAGCUCAGCCGGGCCGUCCAGGCAGGGGAGGCCCCGGGGCCAGCCCAACACCGCCCUGUUGUCGCUGGUGCUCAUGGCUGGCACCUUCUUCAUCGCCUUCUUCCUGCGCAAAUUCAAGAAUAGCCGGUUCUUCCCUGGCCGGGUGCGGCGAGUGAUCGGGGACUUUGGGGUACCCAUCGCGAUCCUCAUCAUGGUGCUUGUGGAUUACAGUAUCGAGGACACCUACACCCAGAAGCUGAGCGUGCCCAGCGGAAUCUCAGUGACAGCCCCAGAGAAGCGGGGCUGGGUCAUCAACCCCCUGGGGGAGCGCAGCUCCUUCCCCGUGUGGAUGAUGGUCGCCAGCCUGCUGCCUGCCAUCUUGGUCUUCAUCCUUAUCUUCAUGGAGACACAGAUCACCACGCUGAUCAUCUCCAAGAAGGAGCGCAUGCUGCAGAAGGGCUCCGGCUUCCACCUGGACCUGCUGCUCAUCGUGGCCAUGGGCGGCAUCUGUGCCCUCUUUGGCUUGCCCUGGUUGGCUGCUGCCACCGUCCGCUCCGUCACGCAUGCCAACGCGCUUACUGUCAUGAGCAAGGCUGUGGCGCCCGGGGACAAGCCCAAGAUCCAGGAGGUCAAGGAGCAGCGGGUGACGGGGCUGCUGGUUGCCCUGCUUGUGGGCCUCUCCUUGGUCAUCGGGGAUCUGCUCCGGCAGAUCCCCCUGGCUGUGCUCUUCGGGAUUUUCCUGUACAUGGGAGUUACCUCCCUUAACGGGAUCCAGUUCUAUGAGCGGCUGCACCUGCUUCUCAUGCCACCCAAACACCACCCAGACGUCACCUAUGUCAAGAAGGUUCGGACCCUCCGUAUGCACCUGUUCACAGCCCUGCAGCUGCUCUGCCUGGCCGUGCUCUGGGCCGUCAUGUCCACGGCUGCCUCCCUGGCCUUCCCCUUCAUCCUCAUCCUCACGGUGCCGCUCCGCAUGCUGGUGCUCACCCGCAUCUUCACCGAGCGAGAGAUGAAAUGCCUGGACGCUAACGAGGCAGAGCCGGUGUUUGAUGAGCGGGAGGGCGUGGACGAGUACAACGAGAUGCCCAUGCCUGUGUAGCUGCUACCUGGAUGGACAGCCGAGGGACAGAUGGACAGAGGGAACAGGGGCUGGGGGUGCUCGCCCCGUCCUCCUCCCUCCUCAUUUUUAUUUAAGUGAAUAAUUUAAAGUCCCCUUACCAGCGCCCCCGCAAUAAAGUGCUUCGGCCCCCACCUA